CAAGUGUUGCUGGUUAGUGUUGCUGCCGUCGGAGCGGAGUCGCGUCGUCUCCGACCUUGAACUCAUUUGUAAAUAUCUGCGUGGAGGUGGGUGGAUCACCAAGCGUUGAGCUUCUAUUGAGCCCUGUUGUGGUGAAUUACUCAGUUGAUACUUGCUUGCUUGUUUGUCGGUUUGGAAGUGUUCCGGGGUGAUUCAAGAGUCCAGGCCUCAAAAUAGGUUAUUGGUUGAUCAAGUCGCUGGCACCCUGUACACUUGCCACAACUAUUUAGUGCGCUUCUUGCUAUCAAGCCUGCCAGACCAGAAUGGCAACCAUAACACAAACUGGAGCUCUGUCAGUACUCCUCUCAUAUUGCCCCGCGCCUGCACAUCAAAGCCACACAACGCCGGCGCUGUUCCCACAAUCGUCUCUUGCGAGCAGUAGUAAGCUUAACCAGCCAAUUCUCAAGGGUGCCCUCUCUUUCGGCUUCGGCAACGGCCAAGGAAGACGAUCAAGUGGGAAAUCCUACUCUAGCAGGUCAUUCGACAAUGGUCUUCCACUCGAUCAACCAUUCAGCGAAAACGAUGAAGAUUAUGUCGACUCAACUGUGCUGGAGGCUUUGGAGGUCAAGAGUGGACCUGAGGGCUUUAUUAUCAAGAUGCGUGACGGGCGAUUCUUGAAGUGUGAGCACAACAUGCCUGAGUCGGGUCAUCUUCCCGAGUAUGGCCCCCAGCCAGCGAUCGUUCUGCAGUUGAACAAUGCAUCCAAAUUGCUGCUGCCCAUCAUCGUGUUGGAGCUUCCGUGCACCAUGCUGCUUGAGGCAGUACGCAACGUCCCCAUCAGUCGGCCCACUGUCUACCACGUGAUGAAGGACAUGAUCGACGUGAUGGGGUAUCAACCUAAGAUGGUUCGCAUCACGCGGCGCGUGCAUGAAGCCUACUACGCUCGUGUGUACAUGAGCAAAGCAGGAAAUGAAUCUGGAGAGGUCGUGAGCUUAGAUCUUCGCCCUUCGGAUGCUAUAAACCUCGCUAUUCGGUGCAAGGUCCCCAUACAGGUGAACAAAUCGCUAGCUGAAGGAGAUGGUGUGCACGUUGUGGCAGAGCCUUUGAAGCUUCCGUCACGUGCAUUACGAUCUUCUUCAGUUCUUACUGUGGCUAACCUAGAUCGACCCGACUCCAGUCGCUGCGGAGCAGCAGAGGAGUUUAUCCUGGUUCGGAAUAUGAUGAUUGCAGCUGUGGAGGAACGGUACAGCGAUGCCGCCAAGCUGCGAGACGAGCUCAGGCAGUUCCGUGAGAAGAGAAGAUCACGUCAAUUCAAGCAACUGUGAUUUUUGAAGCAGUUGUCAUUCAUUGAGAGGGAAGGUAAAUCUAGAGACUAUUCAUUGAUUUAUCUGUGCACUGCAGUUGGAUCUGAAAUGUCUUGCAGGUCACGCAUCUUCACAAAACUGGAAGGUGCUGGGAGGGCUUGUGUAUUUGGAGAGGUGUCUGAACAAGAGCUGUGGUGAAUAUGUUGUUCAUAUUUUUGUAUAGUGGGACUUGAUCAAAUCACUCCACAUGUCUGAUUUGAUGUGUGUAGCAGGAUGCCACAAGUAGUAUACAGGAUUAGAUCUUCUAGGCGCGUAAAUAUCAGGAUUUCUGGUGAAAUAUUGUUCUCUACGAGCACAGGAGGGUGCUUUUGUACAAAUUAUUAAGGUCCCUUGGGUCACUGUAGAUUGUAUAUACCUUGGUUGGGUCGGGCAGUAACCACUACUGCUGGGCUCCUCUUCUUGAGCUCUAAUCUGUCGAAAUCAACGGCAUCGCUUGUUGAUGCCUUCGUUAUGAAUGUGAAGUCUCCAGGUUCGUGGCGGAUCAUGGUGAACAACAUUCUCGAUGAAUUGAUUGCAUUUCUUUUGUCACUUCUCAUCAAUUCUAAUUCGACCAUUGUGAUCGC